AUGGCGAUGGGAAUUUUCACUUCCAGGCCUAAUUCUCAUCCUUUUGAAGAGAGGAGGGUGCCUUUUACGGAACGAGUGAAAAUAGGACGCUCAGUAGCCAAGAGCAGACCCGCUUCAAAUAAUUGUAUCUUUGACUGUAAAGUGUUGUCGCGAAACCAUGCUAUUUUGUGGUAUGAGGAUGGGAAGGUGAGUGUAUUUUUGCCACUCAUUCAACAGUUGAUGUUUACGUCUUGAAGCUGUGUGCGUUCUUUGAUGAAUUCGUUAGUGUAUAAGGAUAUUAAUGGAUGCCUCUCAAAAUGUAAAUAUACAAGUGUUCAAUCUGGAUUCGUUCCGAAAGUUGCUAGCUACAUACUGUAAUAAUAAAGCGAAUUCUGGUUUCUCCAACCGCCAUUCGCGUAACGUUUCAUUUGACAGUGUUUGAACCGCAGGUGUCCAGUAAGCAAAUUGUGUUAGAAAUGCCCAUUUCCCUUUAGGCCAGGUUUGCAUUUAAGGUCGCAAAUUAAUGUUCAAUUAUUCCGGUAAAUGUCGCGUGAACUCUAGCGCCGGAAACUCAUCUUGUGGUAAAGUAAUUUUCUCACUUGUCACAUAUGACUUGCUUUGCCCUUAUACUUUGAUAAUAUAUUGAUCUUUAAUCUUGUUCCACUAAAGAUAUCCGUUACAAUUUUUGUUUUAUUUAACGUACACUGAUGUUUUUUUUCCUGAGUUUGAGUUGAGAUGAAAUCAGCCACAUAGUUCAAAAUAAGUUUGAUCCGAUCUGACAGGCCCCAAGAUUUAGCGAUUUAUGUGCAAUAUUAUGCAAGCUAUGCUUUUGUGUUUUGGAAUUCGCAAUGUAAUAAACUAUAUUCAUGUGUUAAGAACAUGCCUUCAAUAUAUAAAUUCCUUUAUAACAGUAACUUGUUAGUUGUUUUUGGAUAUUCUUUCAGUUUCGUGAGAGGUUAACCAAGAUUUUAAAUUUCCCCAAUCAUAGUAUAACUUUUCCCUUAUUUGGCAGAAUUCCUCUAUUCCUUCCUACAUAUGAUGUCUGGACCGCAGACAGAAAUGCUGUUGUUAAUUAAAAGUAAAUAAAUUUUAUUUGUUCUACGAUCUGGUGACAGAUUUUUAUCUACAUAUAUGGGAUUGGUAUUUAUUAAUUACACGAUUAAUUAUCCUUGUCAAAUGUGUAAACAGUGGUGAAUUUUAUUAAUGUACAGACUUGGAUCAAAGAUAGCCUUUUCCCACACUCCUGUUAUUAAAUAAGUGAAAGAAUCAGUCCUAAAGAUAAUAACAACUCUUUGUUGAACGAGAUAUGAGCCUUUCAAACUACCUCUGUGUAUAAUCCUGAUGUUUCGAACCUUUUUGGGUAGGGAAGUUGACUCAAAUUAUCAGGAGGUUUGAAAAACUUUGGGAAAAAAUUGCAUUAUUAUUAUUACAUUGUAUUGAUAGUAUUAUUAUCAUUGUUGUUACAGCUUGUGAUUCCAGGGUGCAAAGAAAGUCGGUUUUACAGUUUGCCAUCCGGGCAAGUUGUUGCUAGUAUGUACUAACCCAAGAGUCUUUUACAUAGCCCAAAAAAUUUUUGAUGAGCAUCAUUGAUUACAGUUCUUCUGUAACUUGAAUUUUCCAAAAAUUUUUACUUGCCCUUUGGGCAAGUUAAGAACAGGAUUCACUAGCCCAAUUGCAUUAUCCACUAGCCCAAGGCUAUCAGACACGACUUUCUUUGCGUACUGGAUUCUGUCCUCUAACAUUUUGAAUGGAGAGUUGCCGAAGUUGUUCUUGUUGUUCUUAGAUUUUUGUCUGAAUGGUCAGUGAAGUAACAUGUCUAAUGCUGUUUUUUUCUUUCUGUAGUUCUUCUUACAGGACACAAAAAGCAGUAAUGGCACUUUUGUAAACAAUGUGCGUCUCAGUAAAGGAUCAGAGGAGAGUGAGCCUAAAGAACUCAAAUCUGGUGAUAUUGUACAGUUCGGAGUAGAUGUUGUGGAAAACUCAAAAAAGGGUUAGUGGUAGAGUUGCAAAGUGAUGAUGUCAAAAAUUAAAUUUUUAAAAUUAAUUAUGGGAUUUGUUGGGAUAUUUUGAAGGAACAACAUCUGAAAGGCCUACUUGCCAAAAACUAGCGUUGUUGGGCAAAUUGUUUCGGAGAUACUAGUCCCAUUUUGCGCUGAUUACUCCACACAAAUCCUUCUAAAUUUGACUUGGUUACUAAUGUUAUGAACCGAGUCAAAUUAAGAAGGAUUUUUAUGGAGUCAUCAGAGCAUAACUAGGCUAAUAUCUAAAGACAAUUUGCCCUGGAAUGCUAGUUUUUGGCAAGUAGGCCUUUUGGAUGUUGUUCUUUCAUAGUACCCCCAAAAAUCCUGUAAUUUCACAAAUUUAAUUUUUUAUCAUCUCACACUUUAGUACUCUUUUGGAGAUCUUAUAACCCUGGUCCAGAUGUUCAAAAGUUGGAUGGUGCUAUCCACUGGAUACUUCAUUAUCCACUGCAUAAUACAGUUGGAUUUCCUAUUCUUAACCAUGGGAUAGUGAUUUAUCCUGUUGAUAGUGCUAUCCAACUUCUGAACAACUUGGCCUGGUUGAGAAUCAAAUUUUGAGCACACUUGCAAACUGUGCAACAGGAUUUUUCAAGCACUGGAAAAUUCAGCGAUUUGAGUUUGAUCUUUACGUCACUCUUCAUUAUCAACUUCUCAUUUCCUUAUAUUAUUCUCUUUUUUGGGCCAUGAGGGAAACUGUUUCCAACCAAGGAAACUUGCAUCAUUCAAGUUGUGUGUUAGCUAUGCACUGCACCCAGUAGUUCCAAAUUUUAGUGCCACUAUCGAAUGAAAAGCAUCAGCUGCAAUUAUAGCCGCUGUAUUAGCAGGGUUCGAAAUAUUAUUAUUUCCAGAGAGUCUCCGGAUAUGAUGACUGGCCAAAUUCAUUUUAGCUCGGUCAUGUAUUGUUUCUGGCCGGUCCAAUUUUACAAGAUAAAUAACUCUUAAAACAGGGGCCCAUGGACCAAAACUGGCAUUAUAUAUUUCCAAACAAGUCAUUGCGUAGAGCUUAUAGCACUUCAAAGCACUCAUUUUCAACAGUAAAAAUAAAUUAUCGUACACAUUAAAUUUGUUUGGCACCUCCAAAUAUAAUGAUUUCUCGUGUACGUAUUACGGUGUGAGGUCUUGAUCCUAGAACUCUGUGAGUCAUUCAUGUUACUCCCCAUUACAAGGGAAGAAAAGUUGUAUGCAUCAAGGAAUUGUGAGUGGAAGUGCAUGAACCCCGAUGUCUGUUUCAAUGCGCGAAUAGUAAACAACAGUUCUAGUUCCAUUUCACCCAGGAUAUUAGGUCAAAGUUCCGCAAUACACAGCCACUUGCUACAUACUUAGAACAACUGAAACAACUGAACAGCAUGGAAAUUUUAAUUUAUUUCAUUUUCGAUACGAUCGAAUGUGAGUGGCCAACAUGACCAGCAAGACGAAAGGUCAACUGCUGAACUCUCCAAUCAGUCUGGACAUUGUCCAUUGACUGGCUGUUAUUUCGAGCCCUGGUUAGCCUCUGGACAAAAGCAUUUCAUUGUGGAAAGUGAAGAGUGAGAUGAGGAUAGGAGUGACAAAUCUUUGUUUCAUUUUUGUGGGGCUUGUACCCCAUGUUUCAUGGCCAUUUUCAUUGCUGUUCCCCUCUCAGUACAUAUCAUAACAGUGCUCGUAAACUCAUCCACCCACUAACUUUGAAGAAAAGUAAGAAAGUGCCUGCAGUUCUAGGUGUUGUAAGAUGAAAUGGUACAUGUGCAAUGAGACUGGUCAUGCUAAGGAAUUGUUAUUGCCAUGUUUCAUUUGGAGUUGUUUUCCAAAAUGUUUUGGGCCUGGCCUGUUAUCAGUAGAAUAGUUUAUUACAAGUACGUUGUUUUGUCAUGCCAAAGAGAUUCUAUGCAGAUUUUAUUAUUUUUUUUCAGUAAUAAUAAUAUCAUGUUUUAUAAUAAUAAUAAUUGCUGCCCAUGCAGGGCAAGCUCCCCGUUUUUGUUGUAAGCAUCUGAGAACUUGAUUUGCAGGGAAUUUAGUCUGGAAAUGUGGAAGUUUGUUCACUUAUGUCCAGAAAUGCAUGCAAUGGCGAAACUGGCGAAAAAUCGCCAGCCGCUGGCGAUUUGAAUUGGAUGCCAAAAGUGGCCCCUUGGAGGCUGGCGAUUUUGGCAAAAAUGGCGAUUUUGGCGAAAUUGGCGAUUUUGGCAAAAAUUGCCAUGCAUGCAAUGGCGAAAAUGGCGAAAAAUCACCAGCCUCUGGCAAUUUGAAUUGGAUGCCAAAAGUGGCCCCUGGAGGCUGGCGAUUUUGGCGAAAAAAUGGCGAUUUUUUGGCGAAAUUGGCAAUUUUGGCAAAAAAAUCGCCAUGCAUGCAAUGGUGAAAAUGGUGAAACUGGCGAAAAAUCACCAGCCUCUGGCGAUUUGAAUUGGAUGCCAAAAGUGACCCCUUGGAGGCUGGCGAUUUUGGCGAAAUUGGCAAUUUUGGAAAAAAUCGCCAUGCAUGCAAUGGCGAAAAUGGCGAAACUGGCGAAAAAUCACCAGCCUCUGGCGAUUUGAAUUGGAAAAAGUGACCCCAGGCCGAUUUUGGCGAAAUUGGCAAUUUUGAAAAAAUUGGAUGCAUGCAAAAAUGGCGAAACUGGGAAAAAUCACCAGCCUCUGGCGAUUUGAAUUGGAUGCCAAAAGUGGCCCCUUUGGCGAUUUUGGCGAAAAAAUGGCGAUUUUGGCGAAAUUGGUAAUUUUGGCAAAAAAAAAAUCGCUUGAGGGCUGGCGAUAUGUGGCAAAAUAUUCAAAUUGGAUGCCAAAAGUGGCCCCUUCAAAGUAGAUAACUAAAGAGGUCCUUAUAACUGUGAGGCAACAGUACUAAAAAAAAGUUCAAAUUACUUGCCUAAUAAGAGGCCCCAAUAACUGUGAGGCAACAUUUAUCAAAUACAACUGAAUCAAAUAUAUGACAAAACAGCUUUACCUAACUGUCAAACAACAUUAUUUUAUCAAAUACAACUGAAUCAAAUAUAUCUGAAAACAACAAAUGCAAGUCGUUUCAGUUAAGCUAAUAUGUAUUUGUGCCAUGUACUUCACAGGUUAAGUAAACAUUUCCUUACUUUCGAUGUCGCUUGACUUAGUGAUGUGAUGCGCUGAAAUAUCACACUAGCAUCAUUUGCUUUUGUAUGGUUCAUUCCUUUCAAAGACUUACAAGUCCACUAAUUACUCGAGGAGAGAACUACCAAGUCCUUGAAAUCAUAAUAAUUCCUUGCCAUGGACACUCUAACUUUUGAGGUUCGAUGUAGACCUUAACAAUCCUCACUGGUUACAAUUCUCUUCACAUUGGUUCCAUUAAAUUGUGAGGCAGCCUUAAAUCAAAAGCGAUUGCGAAACGCAUGGUUCCUGGCCAAAAGAUGCUUUCACGAUAACCAGCUAGUGUGUGCCCUUCAUUCUUUUUUGGUUCUCCACUAUACACAUUAUCUUCUUCCGUCGUUUUAAACUCUUCACUUUCUUCUCGCACUUACUUCCUUUGCUCUUUAGAGAAACGGUCCCCUAAAAGUAACGAAAGCCGGAAUGUCCAGCAGCUUGCGUGCACCAUUUUGAAAUGUGUGAUUUCGCUUAUUUCCACUUUAUGUAAACCUGCACGAAAUGUCACUUGUGCCCAAUACUUCACCGCAUUUAUUGAACAUAAACAUUGGAUCAAAGCAAUAACUUGUUUGUCUCUUUCAUAAAACAUAUCCCAUUCAAACUAAUUCUGUAUCUUUUCAUCAACUAAAUAUAUAAAAAGAUAGUGUACGUGUUUGUCUCGUUCUUCAAAAAUGUGUCCCUUUAUUGCUUUAUGAGGUGGGGCCAGAAAUUUAGAAAAUGUAUUUUUUUUUUUUGCGCUGAGACCACCAAACCAAUUCUCAGUACAAUAUGUGUUCCAUUAAAUUGCUAAUGCUAAUGCUCGUCGAAACACGUUACCUGGCCUUUUUACCUUCUAUUUUACCAAUUGCCUGAGAGUCCGUGUGAACGACAUUAAUCGUUUUGCUUACAUAGAGGAGCUAUAAACAUAGAGUGACCACCAAAGUCAGCUGGGAAUGAUGCUAAUCGUUUCUACUUACAUAGAGUAGUUAUCCAAAAUCGACUAUUUCAACAUGGUCGCCCGGCGUCUGUAUAACAACUACUAAACCUUAUCGUUCAUGUUCUGUGAAACUGCAAUGAACCAGCUCGUUUAUAUAUACUUAUGCGAUUGAGCGCCAUUAUAACAAACAGGAUGGAUGUACAAGGCAAUACGGACCAUCUAAUUAUCUGAAUGCGUAGCCAAGAACCAACCUCCUCAUAACAUAUAAUGUUGAACUGUCGCUAUUCAAACAAUGCCUACAAGCCUGGAAAAUUAAGGAUACCUAUCUUGGAUUUUUGGGAAGAAAGUUGCCAUGAACAUUACGAAGAUUACCAUUUACUGAUAAUUGAAUACAACUCGUUGGUCAUUCGAUUUGAAUUGAGCAAGAAAUUAGUUAUAAGUGGUAAUUCCCGACCGAACACUCUUGUGUGGGACGAAUUUCAAAUCACAAGAGGUUAUCAAUUAAAGGUAAAAGCAUUAAAAACAGAUUAAUGACACUUAGUGUCAUUAUUAGUAUACAAUUAUACUAUUGGAAACAUUUUUAUAUUAAUAUGUGGUUAACUAUUUGGCAAUUAAUAGCCAUUUCAAAAGGGACCCUUUGCUAUGUCAUUUCAAUUUGUCUUGACAAAUUAGGUAUUUCAUCGAGUAAUUGCCAUUUCUGCCAAAACACGUUUUAAGAACGAGGCCAACAUGCACUCUAUAUUUUUUUUUUAUUUGUGGUUGAUGAAAAGAUACAGAAUUAGUACACGCCAUUUUCGCCAAAAUCCUCACUUUCCAAAGGGCCCCUUUGCCAUCUCAUUUGAAUUUUUGUUGACAGUUUGGCGAUUUGGUGAUUAAUUGCCAUUUCUGCCAUUUUCACCAAAUACGCCAUUUUCGCCGAAAUCGCCACUUUGCAAAGGGCUCCUUUGCCAUCUCAUUUGAAUUUUUGUUUACAGUUUGGCGAUUUUGGCGAUUAAGCGCCAUUUCUGCCAUUUUCGCCAAAUACGCCAUUUUCGCCGAAAUCGCCACUUUGCAAAGGGCCCCUUUGCCAUCUCAUUUGAAUUUUUGUUUACAGUUUGGCGAUUUUGGCGAUUAAUUGCCAUUUCUGCCAUUUUCGCCAACACGCCAUUUUCGCGAAAUCGCCACUUUCCAAAGGACCCCUUUGCCAUCUCAUUUGAAUUUCUGUUUACAGUUUGGCGAUUUUGGCGAUUAAGCGCCAUUUCUGCCAUUUUCGCCAAAUCGCCAUUUUCGCGAAAUCGCCACUUUGCAAAGGACCCUUUGCCAUCUCAUUUGAAUUUUUGUUUAUAGUUUGGCGAUUUUGGCGAUUAAUUGCCAUUUCUGCCAUUUUCGCCAAAUCGCCAUUUUCGCGAAAUCGCCACUUUGCAAAGGGCCCUUUGCCAUCUCAUUUGAAUUUUUGUUUAUAGUUUGGCGAUUUUGGCGAUUAAUUGCCAUUUCUGCCAUUUUCGCCAAAAUCGCCAUUUUCGCGAAAUCGCCACUUUGCAAAGGACCCUUUGCCAUCUCAUUUGAAUUUUUGUUUAUAGUUUGGCGAUUUUGGCGAUUAAUUGCCAUUUCUGCCAUUUUCGCCAAAUCGCCAUUUUCGCGAAAUCGCCACUUUGCAAAGGGCCCUUUGCCAUCUCAUUUGAAUUUUUGUUUAUAGUUUGGCGAUUUUGGCGAUUAAUUGCCAUUUCUGCCAUUUUAGCCAAAUCGCCAUUUUCGCGAAAUCGCCACUUUCAAAGGGCCCUUUGCCAUCUCAUUUGAAUUUCUGUUUACAGUUUGGCGAUUUUGGCGAUUAAGCUCCAUUUCUGCCAUUUUUAGCCAAAUCGCCAUUUUCGCCGAAAUCGCCACUUUCAAAGGACCCUUUGCCAUCUCAUUUGAAUUUCUGUUUACAGUUGGCGAUUUUGGCGAUUAAGCGCCAUUUCUGCCAUUUUCGCCAAAAUCGCCAUUUUCGCGAAAUCGCCACUUUGCAAAGGACCCUUUGCCAUCUCAUUUGAAUUUUUGUUUAUAGUUUGGCGAUUUUGGCGAUUAAUUGCCAUUUCUGCCAUUUUAAGCCAAAUCGCCAUUUUCGCGAAAUCGCCACUUUGCAAAGGGCCCUUUGCCAUCUCAUUUGAAUUUUUGUUUAUAGUUUGGCGAUUUUGGCGAUUAAUUGCCAUUUCUGCCAUUUUCGCCAAAUCGCCAUUUUUCGCGAAAUUGCCACUUUCAAAGGACCCCUUUGCCAUCUCAUUUGAAUUUCUGUUUACAGUUUGGCGAUUUUGGCGAUUAAGCGCCAUUUCUGCCAUUUUCGCCAAAUACGCCAUUUUCGCCGAAAUUGCCACUUUCCAAAGGGCCCCUUUGCCAUCUCAUUUGAAUUUCUGUUUACAGUUUGGCGAUUUUGGCGAUUAAGCGCCAUUUCUGCCAUUUUCGCCAAAUACGCCAUUUUCGCCGAAAUCGCCACUUUGCAAAGGGCCCCUUUGCCAUCUCAUUUGAAUUUUUGUUUAUAGUUUGGCGAUUUUGGCGAUUAAUUGCCAUUUCUGCCAUUUUCGCCAAUGCGUGCAUUUCUGGACAUAUCUCAGUUUGUUUUGCUGUUUUAGCAGUUCCCAGUCCCUGCCACAUAGCACCCCAAGCAGCAAAGUACAGUGAAAUGGCCGCCAAAAUUUUUUUCGGAGAAUUUUGUGAGCACUAAGAAAGUGAAAGUCUAUGAUUCUUUCUGAACACGCUUUACAAAGGAAUGGCGAUAAACUUGCUAGAGUUUCUUAGCACUAUUGAAUCUGCGACCUCUUGGUGAGACUUUCAUGACUGUUGUGUGUGAGGCUGGCCAUGAGUGCGAGUAGCCAGUGAACAGGCUCUCUAUUUGGGGAAAGGGUGAAAAAAUUGCUCCUCUUGUCGCUUGCAAUUAAAACUUUAAUAAUUUGCUACAGUGCCUUUCAACAUUAUAAAUGAUUAUCAGCCACACCAAGGCUGUGCUCUAAGGAAAAUUGAAGGAAGCCCAGUGCUCUUAAACUGUAAAAUCUAGGGUGCCCAGCAUAUGCUUUGUAUGAAAAAUCUGAGAUUUUCUAGUCACCCAAGGGCAAAAGUUAGGUUUCAGGGGCCACUGGGCUCUGCCGGAGCACGGCCCUGCACAUGCUACAUAUGCAGUACAUACCAAGUGGCUCAUCUUGUUUUUCUCUUACUUGAUAAAACUCCUGCAUCAAUUUACCUUUUUUUUUUUUAAUUUUAGUUACCCAUGGCUGCAUUGUUGCCACUGUCACCCUGUUUCUUCCGGAUGGAAAAGAAGCCACAAAGUAAGUGAAUUUCUCUAAAAUAGCUUGCUCAGUGCAUUAUGCCCAAAAAAAAAAACGAAAUACGACUUUGAAAAAGGGACAAUAAUUUAUUGUUAUUAUUUUUUUUUUCAGAGGGGGAGUGCCAAGAAGCUUGUUUGCUUUGGUAUGUCAUUUUUGAUAAAAAAUAAUAGUAUAAUAAUGACAAUCCAUUUUUUAAUUUAAAAAAAUAUAGAAAAUUCCUGAAAGCAUUAAUACCUUGUAAAUUCCCCAGGGUGCAAAGAAAGUCAUUUUUAAAGCUUGCCAUUCGGGCAAGCUGAAGCUGGCAUGUAUUACCCCAAACAUCAUUUCAACUAGCCCCAAAAACAUUUGAAUGGGCAGAAUUGAUUUUGUAGUUCUUCUAUAAUUUGAAUACCUCAAAAAAAAUUCACUAGCCCAUUGGGCAAGUUAAGAACAAAAUUCAUUAGCCCAAUAGCAAAAUCCACUAGCCCCGGGAUAUCGGACACUACUUUCUUUGCAUGCUGUUCCCAUGUACCUUCAGGUUUUAUCCACAGCCCAAAAUUAAUUUGAGAAUACAUUAUAUUGCCAUUAUAGACUUUGGAAGUAAAUGUCACAUGAUAAGCCUACACUGGAUAUUUUUUGUUUUAAUUAUUGUUGCCUAUAGAAAUAGUAACAGAAUAUUAAUUUUUACCUAUACUGUGCAUUGCCUUGUGGGGUUUUGUAAUGUUUAUGUUGUAGUUAAUUUUUUAUCUCAGGUAAUUUUUAUUUUUCCAUUGUUUUUGGGUAUGGUAAUGUAUGCUAAUGAAUUUAAAACAAAUGAAAAAUAAAAAUUAACUGUAAUAAAAAAUUAACUGCAACAUUUACUACAAUUAAAUUAGUUAUUAAAAGUAGUGCUAAUGUUUUUUUUUGCCCCAAUGAUAUCUUUAAUCAUAAAUAGAUUUUACAAGAGCAAUGUAGUAAUACCAAUGCUAUUAUAAUUAAUUUUUAUCUCAUCAAUAUUCAACACAACUGUUUGAUAGAUCUCACAGUUGCUAAUCACUACUGUUCAUGUGAGGUAUGAGUAAAGCACAUGAUCAACCAUCUUGAGUUUAUAAGAUUUCAUCUCCACCAUUUUGAUAAUAUUUGAUUACUUUCAGUAGAACAUUUCUCCUGAUUUGUUUUGUUUACCCUUGAUUGCUCCUGGAAUUUGGAAUUUUGUAUUAAUAGAACUCUGUGCUAGCUCACAUAACAAGUAAUACCCAUGAUAAUAUUAUUAUUGUUUUAAUAAAUUAGAGGUUAAAAGGUCAUUGGCCUUCCAAGAUAUCAAAUUCGGUGAAAAAGAUGCCAAGAUGUCAGUUUGUUAAGUUAUUGAAACAUGUUUUUUUAGCUUUGAUUGGAAACUCAUCUCUAUAGGUUGUAAAUUUAACAUAGUGAGAUGUCAUUUUGGAUCAUGUGUAAUAAAUUAUUUCAUUAUGUCCAACAAAAAGAAAGGAUGGGAAGCUUUUAUGGCCAAAAUCAGUGUGGCAUUUUGUUGCUGUUGUAUUUUCUUCAAAUAAAGUAACAAAAAAAUGACAACAGUGUCAAACCUUUGUCAAAAUAGGCUUUGAAACUAUCCUGACAGCAAUCUGUUUGGCUAGUGAAAUGAAAUGGCAGGGUUUUCAUAUUAUGUAAACUUGUCUUUUCAUCAGGGCCUCUGAUAUUUCACGCGGUUGCGGAACCGCGAAAUUCAGGUAUUUCCGUGAAAUCCCGCAAAAUUCCCAAAAAAACGCGAAAUACCGCGAAAUCCGCCAGAAAUAUCUCCAAAUACAUGUUGGCAAAACAUAUUUAAUACUUAUCUUGGCUAUUAGACCGGUUUUAUUCACCCCAAACGUCCAAAUUUAGCUUGAAACUUCGUCACCGCAACGAGUAAACAACGUCCCAAAACUACCAGGCGUUUUUAGAUGAACGUUGCGAAAAACUGGGCACUAACUAUAAUGUUAAUAGCUUUAACGCUCAUUUCUCGUCUCGAGCGAACUGUUGUUGAAAGAGUAAAUGAUUAUCCCUGUUAAAAAAACGUUCACCAACGCUGGUCAUAUCGACGCAAAAUUGAUCGAUUUUAGCGAAAUUUGCCAAAGAAAAACCCAGCGAAAUCGGCUGUUUUUUACUGAUUGUUUCUUGGCGAAGUUUCCCCCCCGAAAUUUCCCGUGAAAUCGGCUGAUUUUCCUAAGAAUUUGCCCCUGAAAAUCCUUCUAAAGUUGACUUUUUUCCACCAAAAUCCCACGAAAUGGGCCGAUUUUUCUGCGUAUUUUGACUUUUCUCCUGCGAAAAUCGCCCGAAAUCGGCCGAUUGUUCCGCGAAUUUUGACUUUUUCCCGCGAAAUCGGCCGAUUUUUCUGCGAAUUUGCCCCUGAAAAUCCUGCGAAAUUUUGCCUUUUUUUCCGCGAAAUAUCAGAAGCCCUGUUUCAUAUUAUGCAAUCAGGCAUCAGGGGUGACUAUCACCUACUUAAACAUGAAUAAUACUCAUAAGUAUUGUUUGUUCCAAAACAGAAUGAAAAUGGCAUCCAAGCCCAAGAAAUGUGGCAGUUGUCCCAGUAUCUUCAAGAUGCAUUGUAUAGAGAACAAAUGCUUGAAAAUAAAUUGGCAAACCUUCAACGACUUUUGUCUGACUCGCAGGCAGCAGCAGAAGAGAACAAUCAGGUAAAGAAAUUGUGUAUGACAGGGUUCGCAUGCACCUUGAAAGUCUUUGAAUUUUAAAAUAAAAAUUCAAGGCCUUGAAAGUCUUUGAGAAUUGCAGUCGGUGCUGGCAAGUCCUUGAAUUUUGAUGCUAACUUUAUCCAACCCAAAGGAAAAGGAGCAAACACAGAAAGACCUUCAGGAUAAAUUUGCUCAUGUUGUGGAAGAACUAAAAAUGUCAUAGACUCGAGGCUCUUUUUUGUGCUGAAUGGAGUCCUUAAAAAAUGGAAAAUUUGUCCUUGAAAGUCCUUGAAAAGUCCUUGAAUUUUUUGUUCAAAAAAGGGUGUGAACCCUAGUAUGAUACAUGUACAAUCAUCAUUUUCAGUGUUCACCCCUUGGUUGAUGUUUCUCUAUAAAAAGGGAAACAGAGCAAACAUUCUAAUAUAUUGCUGAAGACUACCAUAACUUUUUUGUCAAUAUUCUACCUAAAUUUAUUUUGACUGUAAUCUCUUUACAGUCUUAUGUGCAGAUUUGCUGUCUUGUUAAUAAUUAUAUAAAUUUUGAGUUUGUUCUCCAUCCAGUGCUUUGCUUGUCUUUUCCACUGAUAAUUAUUUUUGUUUAUGACUGCUGCUGUUUUAGGCAUUUGCCCAAGAGGAUAAAUUACUGUCAAGAUUGGAAACUUUAGAAAACCAGUUAGAAACAUUAACAAAGGUAACAGAAAUUAAUUUCUACUCUGGUGUCCUCUGUUAUUACCUUAAAGUUCCAAAAGAAAUCCCUGGUGCUUAUAUUUUUCAAAGGCCCUUUUUCAGGGGCUUAUUUGUGGGGGGGGCUUACAUCGAAGGGAAAUUUGGGUUUCAAAAUCAGCUAGAGUUAUACUGGGAGAGAGAUUCUUGUCUCAAAAUCGAUUGGGCUAGCUUAUAGUUGAAAGAAAAUUUUAUAUCAGUAAUUUGCAGAAAGUUUUUACUGAAACUCACCUUGAGGGCGUAGAUCUUACUAAAACUCAGCCAUUUAAGUACUUCGUCUAUAUUGAACAAGGAAAUCCAAGCCAAGAACUAAGAGUGAACUACGAGGUCAGCAAUAUCAUGUGACACUUUUUGAUUGCAAUCAUUUGGCACAUGUUAUGGUUCUUUGGCAAUGCAAAAGUUUUUGCUUAGUUUUAUUUUGAAUUUGAGGGCAAUUUCCCAGUACAAGCCUCCGUGGGCUUAUAUUUGGAGGGGCGAUUUAACGGCUCCAGGGUUUUUUGCAUUAUGAGUUUGGAGGACUUAUUUUCGGAAUUUUAAGGUAUAUUAUUUUUGAGACUUAUGGAACAUUCAUUGACCUUGCAAAUCCAACUUUUUUUCUUGUUUGUAUCACAGUAUUUACUUCUGUAAUUUCUCACUUUUGAUGUAUGUUUUGGUUUCUUAAUUCUCAUUGUUACUUUUUCUUAGCAGAAUUUGACUGAAGAUGAUAUAAAAAUGGAACUUCUUGCUCUUCAAGAUGAAAGACAUCACUAUGAAAUGAGGGCAAAGGUAAUGCUGUACCUGUCUUUGUUACACUUACUUUAUAGAGUUCAAUGUUGUACUCUGUAUGUACAGUUGUACGUGUCUCACCUAGGGUGUGUUCGGAAUAAGAAUGUGCAAAAGUUUUGUUUCAAAUCUGUUGUGCCAUAAUUUUUGGACUACUUAAAGGGACACGUUCACGGUUCAGCACAUGCUCAUUAAUAAAAAUGCUGUUUUUCUGCUGGGACAUGCUGUAUCGUCUAUGCAAGCAGUAUGAUCUUGUCAUAAUGUUGUCAAAGAACCAAUAUGCACACUCCCCUGGUAGUCACUUGAUCAACUUGGGUGCAAAUAGCUGUAAAUUAAUCAACCAUGGAAUAAAACCUUCAGGUCAACAGUAAAUUCAAUGUUGGUAGUGUUGGCAUAAUCCACUAAUUUUUUCUGCGAUUUUAGUGCUCCUCCAUCGUACUUCAGGUUACUCUGAAAUGCACUUCUACUUUGAAAUACACCGUGAAAUCGCUGAGACACAUGUGAGUGGGAUUAUUAACCGAUAUAAUUAAUAAUAAAUUGGAAAAAAGUAAUUUAAUUAAUGAGCAUGCGCUGAACCGUGAACCUGUCCCUUUAAACACUACAUACAGAUUUUUAGACAUUACAGUGCAAUAAUGAAUGCCACAAUAAGUGAUUUCUAGAGUUCAUUACAUCUAUUCUUAUUCCAGAAUACAGUCAAUCAAAAUAGCCUUGAGGAAUGUUUGAUAUUAAAUAUGCUUGUGAAAGGUGCAAAAUUUGCAGUGUUACUGCAGGUGGUAUUCUCUCUAAUGAUUUUUCUAUUGCAGGAGUCAUUAAAAAAGGUGUUACAAGAAAAAUUGGAAGCUAUUCAAAGAUUAACAGAAAUAGAGGUUUGUUGAUUUUUCUCUUAUUUCUGCAUGGUCAGCUCCUUUAAGCAUCAAAAUCCAGGUGAUCACCUUAACUGGUUUAUAUUCAUAUUAUAUAUUUUUUUUCUUGCAAUGGAACAGAAGUCCUGUAACAAUGCAGAAGAUGAUUGUCAACAUUAUAAAUCAUUAUAUGAAAGGUCACAACAAGAGCUUACAGACUUGGCAGAAAAACAUAAGCAGGUAAUGAAUAAUGUUUUUUCAUUGUACAUGUAUAAUAGAUUGUCAUCUCAAUUAAGCACUGUAAUAUUAAAUCCAGGCUCAGAUCAGCUGCGUGGCUGUUUUAUGUUAUUAUUAUUACUGUUUGACUGUGACAAUAGACGGAUCGAAACGCACCAAUUAUUACUGAUUACGAGCCUUCAUAGCCAAUAACAUUACAGCUUAACUGACAGACGACCAAUGACAUUGCGACGUAAUUGACCAAUCAGAUCAAUAACCAGAGUAUAAUACCAUCAACUGACGUGAUACAACUCACUUUGACUCUGAAGAUGACUACGGCACAGGUUGUCGAAACGUCAGUCACUGUCAACAACAACAAUCCUAUUCAGGACUAUGUUCACCCAGACGAUCAAACUCAACCUACUUUUGAAAUGAGUCCUGGGUUCAAGCCUUUCACAUUAUUAUUAUUGUUAUUAUUAUUAUUAUUAUUAUCAUUAUUAUUAUUAUUAUCAUCAUUAUUAUUAUUAUUAUUGUUAUUAUUAUUAUUAUUAUUAUUAUUACAUUUCUAUAACUUUUUUGUAGCCACCCUUGGCAGCAAGUUUGUGAGUUAUAAAAGUAUUUUUUUUGUGCUGGGGUGCAGGACUACACUCACCAAAUGGCUAGUAAUUAAUACAGACACUAAGGGGGCCAUAUAAAGUGUCCGUACUAAUGGGGUGUCUGUAUUAAGGUGGCUGAACACAGUUUUGGCAGUUUGUGAGUAUAUAUUAUUUGCCAAAUCAUGGCAAGAGAAAGGUUGCAGCUCACAAGCUGAAACUUGGCAAGUGAAAAAUAUACUGAUGAAAGAUUUUGAUUGACAGGCAAAAUUUGUCAUUUUCGUAGUUUCCAUGGCAACAUGAACGAUUGAAUACAACCUUAAAAUUUCACUUUUGCUCAGUUUACAUAAAAUUCACUCAUUAGAUUUUCCUAUAAACUUGCACACAGCUUACUAUAAUUAAUCAUUACCAUUUGAAACUUAUUUGCCCAAAUUUUAACAGACGGAUUUUUAGAUAAUCAAAAAUAUAAUUGUACUGUAAUUAUCAAAUGUGUCACAAAAAUCGUCUGUUCAACUUCCAUUUUAAAGUUCUCAUUAUUUAAAAUACAAUAAAAGUAAAAAUUCUGCCAAAUAUCACAAAAUUUUAAUGAGUAGAUUUUGAGAAAUUGACUUCUCUGUACCUUUGCUUUUUUCGCCGCCAUGUUUGUUUGUCUAAUUUAACACACACACCGUCACGCGAGUUACCGCUGACCGCCCGCAAAACUGUGUUCAGCCACCUUAAGCAAUUUAAAUUUAGAGAGAAUGUAACAGGGUUUGUACAGGUCAUGGAAAACCUGCAAAGUCAUGGAAUUUGAGAAUUUCAUGUUCCAAACCUGGAAGGUCAUGGAAUUUAGUUAUGGGUCCUGGAAAGUCGUGGAAAAUUAAGUUAAAUUUUGUUUGGUAGAUUAGUUACUGUAGAUGACAAAGCAAGGAUAGUGUAGGAUUAGGAGGAGUAAUAUUAAACACCUCGAACAGCACACAUUUUGUUGGAUCAGAGUUUGUUUCUGUUGAACUGUUUAAGGUGAAAAAAUAUGCUAAAACAAGGAAAACUUUGCAAAUUUUCAAAAGUGACAACUGAAUUUAAGGUCAUGGAAAACUUGAAAAGGUCAUGGAAAAAGCCAUGAAAAGUCAUGGAAUUUGAAAAGCUCAAAAAAGUACGAACCCCGUAUUAAGUGGCUGUCCGUAAAGUAGGAUUUGACUGUCCUUGCAAAACAGUUGUAGUAUUGACCAGUUCCCAUCCCUUACAUGAAUACUUCAGUCUACUGAGAAGUCUCCUUACUUUCUUACUAUCAGCGAUUACAAGAGAUGCAGACACUUCAAGAACAAGUGGAAGAAGCAGAAAGAAGGCACUCAGCUGUUGAAGGACAGGUACAUUUUUGCUGGAGGGUUAUCCGGCUGUUAUCAAAAAUAAUCUUCAUAAUCAUAAAAAUUGUUUGUAUUUUUAGGCUGUUCAAGAUAAACUAGAGUUUGAAUUAAGAGUCAAAGAAGCUCAACUUCGUGAGGCUGCAUUGGCUGCAAAGGUUAGUACAAUGUUAUUAUAUAAGGAUCACUAAUAGUGGCACCGAUAUUGUUAUUGUUGUUUUUGUGCUGAUGUGCAAUCUUUUGUUUAAUGCAGGCAGAGUCAUUGCAAGCCGAGUGUGACUUUACGAAAGAGCAGGUUGCUGCAAUGAAAGGUAAAACCCACCACUAGGAGAAGGAAUGAUACUUAAAAAAUCUUGGUUCUCAGAAGUCAUAAAAAACGUUAAGGGCUGCCAGUGUUGCCCUGUUAGCAUGUUAAUACAUGGUCAACUCUUGCCUUGUGGACACCCCACUAUAACGGACACCCCUAUAAUAUGGACAGCAACUAAAUCACCUGCAAAAAUAUAUUAGAGAUGUUUGACUGAAAUAAACUCCCGCUUUUACAGACUCUCACUAAUGAGGACAGUAACUCAAGGUCCCUACAGUGUCCGCUAUAAAGGGAGUUGACUGUAUUAUGUAAAGAGGGCGCAUCUUGUAGUCCUCUAAUCCAGGACAUUCCAUUCCAUUCCAUUAUCAAGUCUCAAGGUUUUGUUUUGGUGUUCUUAUUUCUGUCUUGGGAGUCUUGAACGUAUUGCCACAAGGUGUCAGAUUCUUAAACAAGGGCUCUAGUGUUAAGCAAGCUGCAGCAGUGCAAACUAGAAUCUCUUAUGAAGAUUGUUUUUUACGCUGUCAAAAUGUUUUGCAUUAGUGGACAGGACAACCACAGUAACAGGCAUCAAAGGAAGGAGUUUGAGUUUGUGUGGUUCAAUUAUUUGAGUUUGGUGAUAAGUAAGUGGCAAAUAUUCCGCUAUGAUAAGCGGGCUGUUGGCUCAGUUUGACUGAAUUGUAAAGCUAAAUUUUUCUUUUACAUCUGUGAUGAAAAGCACAGUUUAUUCUUCCUGUCUCUCGUUGGCAGAAAAUCAAUUAUGUUAGGUUUUUGAUGGUGCUUUCUUCUGUAAUAGAAGCUUCGUUGCUCUUACAUGUAAAUGAAAUUCAUGCUGUUGGGAUAUUGUUCUAAUUUAGUUUAUUGCCCAUAUUAAUUAGUGCACAUGGAAAAAACAAAAGGUGAACUUCAGCAGCCAAGCAAUGAAUACAAACCUCCUGUCAUCGAGUUACAAGGUAUUAUUUCCUUUGUCUCCUAGCCCUGAUUAUUGGAAUCAAUCAACCUAGGUUAAAAAUUAUUCACCUGAAUGUAAUUUUGACCUGUAACAUUCACAUGUAUACCAGUAUUACAAACAGGGCUUGUGAAAAACUUGAAUCCAAGCUUGUCCUUUUACGAAGCUGCUCAUAUAUUGUGCUUGCCCAAGGCCACUUCUUGCUAAUCUUAGUUAAUGAUUUUGUGAGAGGAUGACUUACCUGGACCCUUGGCUAGUAAGCUGUAAAAGUUACUUACCAACCAAGAAAAUCUACUCGAUGUGGACUACUGGAUGAGACUUUUUUUCAGCCCUGACAAAUUAUGCAUGUAAACCGAUAGUCCUAAACCACUACUGGAAUUCCCAACAUGUUUGAUGUUCUGAAUAGGUGAAGGCCAGACUUUUAUCACAAGAAAAGCUUGUAUGCUGUAAACUUCUGAUUAUAAACCCCCCACCUCAUUUACAUGUAUGGGCCUAUCUAUCUGUAAACAAGAAAAUACAUCUGAUUAUAAGCUUAUAAGCUUUUUUUAGUCUGGUUAUGAGCCUCCCCCCCAACCCCUAAUGAUAUUGUAUAAGCUCACGGUAUAGUUGUAGUGCUUGUGGUUAGUGUCAGUGGUUAAAAUAUGGCUGUGGUGGGUGCUAAGGAAAUCAGGAGGUGGCAAACAUAAAAAAAUAAUGACCAUAAAAAUUGUAGAGGCCUGCGCAGUGGAAAGGACUACAUAUAUUUGCUGUAUACUAAACACCCUCUUUUACUCCCACUUCCCCCCACUUCCCACUCCCAUACAACUAAAACCCUUUCCUAAUGUCUGGUUAUAACUGAGGCUGGUAAAAUUUUCAGUGGGGUAGGGGGUUGGGGAGCAAGAAAGGUUGCCAAAAGCCACUGAGGAUUAUGUGUCUAUUACAACUGAUACAUGAUUUAAAAGUUUGGUAUCCCUGUUGUGAAUUUAGAUUAAGUGAUUAUACAGUGCUUAUUGUGAUUUUUGCUCAGUGGUUAGUGUUGCCUGUGGCAGUGCAAGUUUGUUAUUUUGAAUGUCUAUUCCACUGUUUAUCUUUCUGAGUGUAAAGGCUAACCAUAAAAUCUUGUUGUUGAUGUUUUAGCUUUUAGAGAGCAAUGAGCUUUGUUACAUGCACUGUGUAUUCUUCUUGUGUCACUUUCUAAGUCUUUUUUUUACCAUGUUUAUUUUGUUUACCUCUGUGGUUGGUCAGCUCCAUGGCAAACAGCCAGUUUGUGUAAUAUUAAGAGCUAAGAGCUUUACAUGUCUGCUCCUCCAUGGGUUUUAAACUUAGCUCCCAUCAACAACAAAGCGCUCAAAUGCAGCAAAAUUUACUACAAAACAAUAUCCAGUUUUUCUGGUUUGUUUAUUUACCAGGUAACCAAAUCUCAGCUGUUAGUCUCAAUUAUUAGAAUUUGAAGUGUUAAUCUCAUUUUAUUCUCCUCUUUCUAGAACUGUUUUGUCAUCUAUUAAAUCGAUUAUAGUAGUUUUUUUGUACAUUGUGCAUUUUAAAGUGCUGUGUUGUUGAAACUCUAAACUUAUUUUUCAACUUAAAAAUGUAAAACAGAUACUCUGCUAUCAUUUUUGUUAUUUCACUUCACAAGCCUAACAUAAUGUAACAGUAAUUAUAAAAAUCUUCUUUGAGUUAUUCGAGUGGCUGCAAACAACUUUCAAUAAUAUUUAUCUCUGAGAUUCAGUACCUGUUAGAUGUAGAUGUAUUUUUUGCUGUUUUAUGGAAUGGUUAGCAACUGUUGGUUUUCUCAAGUGUAAUUGGUGUUAUUUUUAGUUGAAAUCAUUAAUAUGCAUUAUACAGGUAACAGAAAAUUAGCAUAAACAUGGCAGGUUGAACAGGUACUUCAAAGUGGGGUUAAAAUGACAAGAUCUCCGCAGUUUAUUCAUACAUUACACAAGCUGGGCUCUCUGUUUAAAUUAAAUUCCUUGUAAAUGAAUAUGAAAUUGGCUGGAUUUCAAGACUCAAAUAAGAAAUUAUUAUACUGUAAUUACAUGCAUGGGCAUAAAAAUAUUUAAGUAUACCUACGGUGUAUCUUCACCAAGUAGUGGGACAACUGUAUUAAGUGUAAUUUUUUUACCAUAAGUCUUUAUUGAGUUCUAAAGUGAUGUCAUGAAAAUUAAAUUUUUGGAAUUUUGGGAUUUGUUGGGAUAUUUUGAAAGAACAACAUCUGAAAGGCCUACUUGUCAAAAACUAACAUCGUGGGGCAAAUUGUCUCAGAGAUACUAGUCCCGUUUUGCUCUCAGACUGAUGACUCUAUACAAAUCCUUCUAAAUUUGACUCGGUUUGUAAUGUUAUGAACUGAGUCAAUUUUAGAAGGAUUUGUAUGGAGUCAUCAGAGCAUAAUGCAGCUAUCAAAGUAAACCCCGUGGGGGGGGGGGGGGGGGGGGGGGCAAGGGGGGGGGGUUUGACAAAUUUUAAAAUUUUUUGAUAAAAUUCCCCAGGGUGGGAAACGAAAGGUCAAUCAAAAGUGUCAAAAAAGCCCCCACCCCGGGGAAAAAAUCUAAAAUCUAAAAUCUAAAAGAACAUUUCAUAAGUACGUUCUUACUACUUUUAUUUAAGGUUUACGUAAGUUCCGUUAAAUUACUUGCUGUAAUUAAGUAUUUUUUCUCUCCACUAGCAUCUCUUAUUUCGAACAACAUAAUCGCUCCAGGAAGAUUGACCGUGCUAUCAUAUUAAUGAAACGUAAAAUGCUUUAUAACAUCUGCUCAACAUGUGGGAACAGGUCUGAUCAGUGCCCCUUAAAAAAUCCUCUGACUUUCAUGGUAAAAUUCAAUUUCAAUCGAGAUUUACAAUCAGAUGGGAACUUGAAGAUAAAAACUUUUUCAAAAUAGACAUUAUCUGUUUAGAUGACAGUGUAAAGUAUCGGAUUAUGGCGAUUAAAACAAAUGAAAACUUCAUACCUUUCUCCAAGAGCGUGACUUUCAGAAAGCCUCGAGGGACGGACUUGGUAACUGCUUCUGAAUUGAUACCAGGCUUACAUACAUACAUACUUUAUUGGCUCGUCCCCACUGGGCUUUUCAGAGUCAAUUUUACAUUACAAAAUUAUAAACCAAGUACAUGACAAUAAGAAUAUAACAAUGAUAAAAGAAGACAAAGGUCAAUCAAAUUAAUUAAAUUAAUUAAAUAAAGCAGUCAUUAAGAAGCUUUUGCCUGAGUAAACACUUGAAUUCCGUCACGGAUGGGCUAAGUUUGAACGCAGGCUGCAACUCAUUCCAGAGAGAGGUUGCUCUAUAUUGAAAGGUCCUUUGGCCGCUGGCAGUGCGGAAGAGUGGUAUGUUCAAAAGUUGAGAAUUUCUCAUAUUCCUUGUCGAGACUGUGGAUCUUCCAACGAGCUUUGAUGUCAAAUACUCCGGAGCACAACUCGUCAUGCACUUAAAAACCAGAACAGCAAAACGAAAAUAAAGUUGUUGCCCUUUGGUAGCCAGCGCAAGGCUUCUAUCGGUCAAAGUCAAAUGUCCUGACCCCGGGGUCGCUUCAUGAUCAAAAGCCCAACAUGGGGAUAGUCUCAGGCAUCAAAUCCCCUCCCCUUGCCCGCAUCCCCCCCUUCCCCCACGGGAUUUACAUUGAUAGGUGCAUAACUAGGCAAAUAUCUCAAAGACAAAUUGCCCUGGAAUGCUAAUUUUUGGCAAGUAGGAUGUUAAUCUUCCUUUCCUUUUGGAUGUUGUUCUUUCUUAAUACCCUGGAAAAUCCUGUAAUAAAGUUUCACAAAUUUCAUUUUUUAUGAUGCAACACUUUAGAACAGUCUCUAUGGUUACUACCAGAUUCAAUGUAAGGGUAUACUAGCAGAUCACUUGCAUCGACUACCAGCAAAUAUGAAUGAUCUUAAGAUACCUUUUCAAUAAAUAAGAGACUACUGCCCUUUAGCAGUUUCUUUCUUGUAUUAAAGAGAAAGCCAUUCUCCAAAAAAAAUGCUAUUUGUUCAUUGUCAGGUCUGUGUAUGUUUUUCACAUGGCAUGGCACUAAAAUUAGUUUAUUGAUCACAAGUACGCUUCAAAUUUCACUAUACUAUAGUGGCAACUUCAAACACAAGCAUUUAUGAAAUAUGUGGUUACACAUAAUUGAGUUUGUAUAAUCUUGAAUCUGACACAAGGUACAAAGCUGAUUUCAUUGAGAAAGACUUGUUAAAGCAGUAAAUUAUAUUUAAUAUCUAAAUGUUUUGUAGAGAUGCAACAAGAAACUAAUUGCUGGGUUGUAAAAUGAAAACAUCAGCAAGCCUCUAUGUCAUUUGGUUCUGUGCUGUAGAAAAAGGCCACAAAUUUUGCUCAAGGACUUUUUUUUGUAUUUGUAUAUAUCUUUUUUAAGUCUUUACAUCACAACCAGAUGUUUGUAAGUGUAAAAAAAAAAAUUGAAAAAAUUGUAAAUUGUAAUUUGUUUACCCAUGGAGCACAAAGGAGUUCAUAAAAACUCGUUGAAACAUGUCCGUGCAUUCAGAUCAAAUUGGAAUUUGGAAGUGUUGGUUUUUAAGGAGAGGGGAAAACCGGAGUACCCGGAGAAAAACCUCUCGGAGCAAGGGAGAGAACCAACAACAAACUCAACCCACAUAUGGCUUGGAAGCCAGGAUUCGAACCCGGGCCACAUUGGUGGGAGGUGAGCGCUCUCACCACUGCACCACCCUUGCCCUAUGAGCCCUUUGUAAGCCCUUUGCAGUCACAUGUCGUGCUAAAUACAUAAAGCUUGGGUUCCAAGUUAGAUAAUACAAGAGGCAAAAAGAGCAUGGGCAAAUUAGUGAUAAAGAAGUGAUUGACUCAUAAAACCAAGCUUUAAUGGUUGUUGGAAUGUCUGCAAACAAAAAAGGUUUGCAUGAGCAAAGUUAGUGGACUGCAAGGGGUGCAGUCAAGCAUAAUUUUCCAAUGUUACUUUGGUAUUUUUUUCCUUCUUUCAAAGGACCAUAUAUCAAAGUGUUAAGAGUUUAAAAGCUAAAAGUUGGCAGACCCACUAUUAUUUUGUUUUGUGCUCUUUUAAACUCUGGUAUAUUUACGGCUUUAUCUUAUAAUUAACGCACGAGAUAGGUCACAUGACCACCAGCUGCAAGGGACCUACUUCACGGCUGCUGUUAAGUUUUGGAGAGCCAUAGCUAAUGAAGAUUCACCUGUAACAUCACACAAAAAAUUAUAGUGUUAUUUUAAGCUUUCCUAUUUGAUGAGUUGUAACAUACAGUGAGCUUAGUCAUAACAGGUGUUAUGUGGGUAUUAGUGGUUAUUAUCCUGUCUUGUGCUAUCCAUGAGAAGACCUUUACAUUUUACUUACUAAAAUUACUAAAAUUAAUGUGUUGAAACUGCAUUUCAAUGUCAUUCUUGCAGAGGAAACAGUUAUUGAGGCUGUGGAUGUUAGUAGAACAAGGGUAUUAGAAACAUCUCCAGACAGUUUUGAAGGUAAGUGUCACAUAUCGGUAUCGGUAAUUAACUGGUGAAGACAAACCAUUCAGGAAAUGUAUGAACAUCUUUUAAGGUCACAAAACAAAGUGCACCAGUUCUCACACACUGAAUACGAUUUGUCUGCCAAAUGACAAUGUGAGAACACUUUAUUCACUGAAAAACUGUCAACCAUAACAAAGGAAAAAUUAAGAGAAAAAACCCUGCUUAGCCUAAUAGACUGCUGUCAAACCAACACUUUUAACUGACAAAGGACAAGAUAGUGGGAAAAGCUGUAGUGAUGAAUGGCAAGAAACAAUGAAAACCAAUACUCUGCCUCGUGCUUAAGUCCCAUUUAGUGUGAGAUAACUUUCUAAAUCUUUUUUUGCCCCUUUCGCAAGCUCAGCCAGCAAGAAAAACAUUUCUAUUUCAGUUUGCUCUUGGAGGGUGAUCAUUUUGUAAGAGCUAACAGAAAGAGCAGCUCAUUAAACACAAUGGCUGAGUUCGUGUUUGUGAUGUACGUAAUGGUAAGUUGGUUAGCUGGUGUAAAGGUUUGAAGUCAGAUAUGUUUAAGUGCUCUCUUCUUCUCUCUAGACAAUUCAAGACCUUUGGAAAAUUCAGAGGAUAGUAACAAUUCAAAUACAGAUGAUGUGAAAAUUUUACAAGGUUUGCCAUUUUAUUUACAGUCUAUCCAAUUAUUUUUUUGUUUGUUUUUUCUUUCAUCAAAUACUAAAGACUUUUCCUAAAAUGGCUUUUUCACUAGUUCAAGUUGAGAAACUUCAAGGUGAAGUCGGAGAAAAAGAGAAAAUUCUCAAGUCACUCCUAGGUAAGUUUUAAAUCUUUGUGUUAUUAUAUGUACAUGUAUAGGUGCACGAAAGAAUUAUUCUUUCAGUUUAUGGUUAUGGUUGGUUGACGAAACAAGUUCAGAACCUCUUGCUGCACUUCUGACUACCUUUAGCUUGUACAAGAGUAAUAUUAUUACUUAUCACUUACAAUGUUUCAACAGAGCAAAUAGAAGAAACGAGGUCUUUGCAUAAAGAAAGUGAAAAUGAAGUGCUGCGUUUGAAAGGUAUACCAGUACAUUAAUCAGAUAGCUUCAAAUUAUUAAUAAUAUUGUUAUUAUGAGUGACUCCAGGGGCUUCAAGUCUGUAAUCAUAUCAUUGAUAUGAAGACUGCAGAGUAGGACAUGGCUGUAGUCAUUGACAGGUCUGACUUGUUUAUCACGGUCGGUAUGAUUACAGACAGAAUUUGACUGUUAGCUUGCCAAUAAGCAUUGUAUCAGUUAAAAGGGUGGUACAUUUAGUUUAUUAUUAUCACUUAAAGAAAGAAAGGAAUCCAUUGAAAAAUCCUCUUUUGCUGUGCGUAUGAUAAUGUGUACUGUCCAAUGAUAUCAUUGUAAAGGCAUGAUGCAUUUUGUCUGAUUUAGUUAUCUAAUCAGGACUAUUGUUAGCCAAUCUGUUUCAAGAUUUUUAGAACUACAGUGGAUCAAACUCAUUGGAUUGAAUAAUUUCGAUGCAGUUUGCCCGUCAAAUAAAAUUGGAUUUACAAAAGAAAUUGAAUCAAAUAAAAUCUAACGUUCAAUUUCAUAACUCCUAACUCCCAUUUCCUAAAUGAAAGAUUUUGAUAAGUAGGUAGAAUGUUCUCUGUAGUGUCAAAACAUGUAGUGGUUUUGCAAACUGUAAUGCUUCUCUUUCAUUUCGAACUUCCCAAGUUACAAAAUACUCUUCUAAAAGGUUAACUCAUCAUUUAUUUUCUUUCUUUUGCUCACAUAGAACAACUAGAGAAGUCUGCAACGACCACUCAGGAGGACAAGGAAAAGAUCCAGUCACUUGAGGGUAACAGAUAACAUUAAAUGUUUCUUACUUGUUCAUGGUGAUUGCACCCUUCAUCCAUGUUAUAAAUCAACAAUGAAAUUACAUCUUCCUGGAUAGAUUGUCAAGCAAGCAGAAGUCCAUGCCAAUUUUGCCUCCAGGCCCUGGUUGCUCAAAACGUGGAUAACACUCUCCACGGGAUAAAUCUCUAUUCAGUGGAUAGCGCAGUUAUUGGUUUUCCUAAUACUUAUCCACUGGAUAGUGAUUUAUCUCUUGCAUAGCGCUAUCCAGCUUUUGAACAACUGGGACCAGAUAUAUAUGCACUUGGAAGCAGGUUGUUUGGUUGAUACAGGGUUAAGUGCCUGUUGAGUGGGUAACCUGUGGUGUCAUUACCUUGAUCUUAAGUGGGGUCCCUGUGUUUUUUGUUUUAAAGAUGAUUUUACAGUGACUUGUUAUUAAUUUAUUAUGAUUUCAGAGCAAGUGAUGGAGUACCACCUACAAGCCAUUGAUGAGUUGUCCAUUCCAGAUGAGAAUAGUUUGGAUAGUGUUGAGCACAUGGAUGCUGUUACAUCAGCAAUAACAAGUAAUGCUGUAGCUUAGAAUUCCAACCUUUUCCUUUCAUUAUUUUUGUUACGGUUUUGAAGACAUGUAAGAGACUGUAGAAUAAUACUUGCUAAAAUUUAGUCUGAUCACAGUUGAACCAUUCCUUUCAUUUGUGUCCAACGAUCUAACCAAGCUACUACCCAGGUCAUGUAGCAGCUGCUUGGAAGAGAAGUCACCAAUGAUGUGUUUCCCUGACCCCAAACAAUACUAAAACAAUUGGAAGAAUGACAUGUCAUUGUUUCCUGCGACCAAUUAGGAGAGACCUUACAAGCAGCUCCUACUCUACCCUACUAACUAAGUGGUCAAAGCAGGUGACUUAGAUAUUUGGUCAGUGCUGUUUCUUAUGAUCAUGGAACACAAGAGCAGUGUCUAUCAUUUCGCAAGCUGAAGAUCAUUCUACUUUUUUAAUUUAUCUACAGAUCAUGAAGAGGACCAUAUCAUUGACAAGUUGGAGGUUAAAAACUUCUUUGAAGAGUUGGACCUUGUUAGAAGACUCCAUGGUAAGAAAAUUAAUACGGUAAACGUUAUACACUAUACGCUGUGCACUUUACACUGUAAUUUAUUAUUUUACCCUAUACACUAUACCACUCACAUACUCAUAGCUAUCAUGCUUUUCCUCUCUAGAAAAUAAGAACCUGUUUAGGCAAACUUUAUCCUGAAAACUAUAGACUCGGUAUAUAUGCUAUAUGCUAUACACUACACCAUGCUAUACACGAUACACUGUACAUACUGUAUGUUUGCCUUAUUCAUAAAAAAAUGCAGAACGUCUGUAUCCCUCACUAGUAAAGUUUAUCUAAUUUUGAUGCGCUAAGUGAUUUAUUUUCAAAGCUUGCAUAUUGUUAAAUAAACAUGUUCAUUUUUGCUCAGAUCGCAUCUGUGAAGUGAAGACCAUGGCUGAAGAACGACACUUAAUGAUGAUCAGCUGGUCAGGUGAGAUCAAACUUUCCAUUUCUCCCAACUUUGCCAUCAGCCCUUCAAGCCCUAUAUCCACAUACACAUUCACAUGACUAAUCUCCAUGCUUUUUCUCAACCCUCUCAUUCCCAAAAGUCACCAAAGUGAAAACUAGACAAAAUUUCCAAAUUUCAUUUUGUAAUUACUGAAAAAAUGAAUAGUAGUACCUAACGUGCAAAGAAAGUAGUGUCCGGUAGCCCGGGGCUAGUGGAUUUUGCUAUCGGGCUAUACUGGUGAAUUCUGUUCUUUACUUGCCCGACGGGCAAGUGAUGUGUCUUGAGGAAUUCUGCUCGUCAAAAAGCUUUUGGGGCUAGUUGAAAUGACGUCUGGGCUAGUAAAUGCUAGCUUCAGCUUGCCCGAAUGGCAAGCUGUAAAAUUGAUUUUCUUUGCACCCUGAGUACCAGAUGAAAGUGCUCGCAAAGAGGUUAAAUUUGAAUGGUCACACUUCAGCAUUUUGACCACAGACCGUCAAAACUUAGAAGCACUUUUCAAGACUCCAUCUUUUUUCACAAGGGAGGGUAGCGGUUAAAGUAUUUGGUACAGAUCAAAGCAUUAUCCCUUAGGUCCCCAUUUUUCAAUAGAAAUUCUCAUAGCCUUUCCUCUUGAUUAUCUAUUGUUAUUGUUGGGAGAAAUUUGAUGUUGAUCACUCUUGAAACUUAAAGGGUUAACUACAGUGUGAGGUCUCAUGUGCAUCCUGCAUACUGUUAUACAGUGAAACUUGUGUUAGUCGGACACCCACUGGUGUCAUGUGCAGUGUCAAAGUGUCCUUUGCAGUGAUAAUUACGAUAGUAAUGUUAAGGUAGUUAGUUAGUUAGCUUGGUCAAGCGUCGGUUCGGAUGAUAUGCAUUCUUCCCUACCAAUCAUCUAUGUCCAGCGUCGCUGUCCUGAGUUCUCUGUUUAGAGAGCUUUAGAUUCCAAGACGAGGACGUCUACGAGAAAGAGAUUUUCCCAAUACUAAGUAGUGCACGCGCGCGAACCAGCGUCAUUUUGGCGGGAAAAUGUGGUAGCCGUCGUCAUUUUACUACGAGUUUUAGCGAGAAGUUUUCAGAUGUUAGGACUUUUAUCAUUUAACGAUCGGGAGAGAGCUUCACGUAGCCUCCCUCAACGGAAAUAAGCGUACUAACUUUUUUUUUUUUUUGGGGGGGCAGGGAAAUUACACUGAAGUAUUCCGGGGUGUCUAUUUUUAGAGAACAGGCGAGAAAACAAAAUUGAAGUGUUUUCAUGUUGUUUAACAGUCGUGAGAAAUUUAACUUUUUGUUCUUCUUUUGUUCUAGCUGAUGAAGAUGACGAUGAAAUUGUUGCCAAUGGCAACGUGAAAUUGCCGGUGCAAAAGGCAGAGAGCCCUCGUUCAGUCAGCCCAGUUCGUAAGUAAAAAAAAUUGUUUCAAAAGAUGCCAUCUCAGUGCGCAAGCUCUUGUAACAGCACCUGAUUUAUAUUCCUUUAUCAUUUGAAAGCUGUAGAAUUGAUAGUGUCACCGAAAUGGGACAAAGAAAAAAUAUGAGGGGCUUUUCGUUUCUUUUGCAGACCAAGCCCGCAACGCGAAGCAGUUAUUGCAGGACAGUUUACAUAAUGUGCAAGACAUCAAAGGUAACCGUAAGAUUCUUCACUUGUCAGUCUUUAAAGUGAUAAAUUCUAGAAUUGAUGUGGCCUGCUAGUAAGUGCUCUAUUUCGCCAGGAGAGUGGCUCGGUGGUAAGGGAAGCGAACCGCGCGGGAACGCGUGAGCGAGGGUGGGAGGAAAAGGUGUGCUCUCCUUUCUUUCCCCCUUCCCUCUCCCUCGCGUUUCCUCUCGCUUGCCGCUCGCGUGUGACUUCUCACCAUGUUCCCACUCUCAUUCAAGUCCGCAGAGGCCUCUUUGUGUGGUAGGGAGACUGGGGAGAGGGAGAAAUGAAAGCGCAGGGGAGGGGCGAUGGGGCUUUUUCCAGUUUCAGUUGAUUUAUUUGCCAGAAAAAAUAUAUUUAUACAGUUAUUCAAUAUAUUACAGAAAAUAAUGGUUAGAUAUUAAAAAUGACGUAAAUUUCAUAAGUGGACGAAUCAGAGGUGAGGAAGCUUAAAUUAAAACCGUGGGUGCUUAUUACAUGAGUUCCCUCCCUAACCUAAGGCUAUAAAUAUAAUCAAUAAGCGGCGAAAUCACUUUGAAAUAUAUUUAGGAUAAAAAGCUGGUAAAACACUUGUAAAUAAUACUUUAUUUAUGCUGCCUUUUCGCUUUUAGUAUGUUUUGUUGCGUAAGCUCCCUGAUGUGAACGGGCGAAGGUCUAAAGAGAUCAUUUAAAUGGCCAUAUCGGGCAGGGUACAUGCUUCCUUUACGAAUACUUUUGGCUUUAUUUUUUCAGGAGAAUUCAUUGAAAUCGGUAGAAUCAUCGAUAGCGAACACGAGGAGUCGAAGCACGUACAAGGUUAGAAGAAAAUUCUUGUUCUGUCUCUUUCACCCAAAGUUAGAAAUAAUCCAAACCGUGACGACGCCAACAAUAUACCGCGGAAUAUAUUUUUGGCUUAUUCGUUAAUUUUGCCGUGGUGUGGAUGAUGUCGAUCCUUUGUAUUACGUCAUUUGACGACACUUCAUCCGUACCUUUUUCAAUAUAUUUCAAGAUCAAAACCAAUUUUCUCGUAACGGUAUCUAGACAUACUUAAGAGAAAAAGUUAUGAGAAUCAAUCAAAUGAUCACUUAAAAAAUGCUGUGAUCUUUUAACAAAAUCUCUGAACUUAUUUCUUGAGAAAUGUUUGGAGGAGAGUUUGGAGAAUUUGCAUGUGGAUAUUGAGGCUUGCUAAGGGUUACAUGAAAUCUAUGAAAAUGAUGAUCCUUGAAAAUCGUGAAAGUUAAUCGCAGAGCAUUUUACAAAAACGUUAAUUUGAAAAAUAAAUCUUUUAGAUUUCGUGAUUCACGGUAAUUUAGUUGUGGUUUUAUUACGAAGAGUUUUUUAAAUACAACUCACCAAAUCAGUCUCUUGACAUCCUAAAUUUCUAAUUUCCUUACAAAAUUAUUUCCGGUAUUAAAAAGGGGCUUUGUGUGUCAAUAUACGGUUCGAUUUAAAUCAUCCACGAAACCUUUAUUAAACCGUCAACCCAACCGUGUCAGUGUCUCUUCCCUUAAUCAUUCUCUUAGCAAUUUUGUACUUUUAGAGGAAACAUUUGUUUGAAAAAUGUUGUCAAAUGACAUUUUCGUUUUUUGCUGAGCUUUUGGCGAUUAUUUUGAUGAUAAAAACUAGUGAUCCAAACGAGAAAAUUUGCAUUCAUUACUCGAUGUUUUCCAUCGAAAGAUUAUCCUGCGCAAAUUAUUUCAUCACUCGUCUUUUUGUUGCUUACUAUCACCUCAAUAAAUUUAUGGCUUUUAACGAUAAGGUUAUUUACACGAAAAAGUUCUAUCCUUGAACAAGAUGUAAGAUUAUAUUAAGGCACUUAUAUUUGUAACUAUUGUAAAUUCUUACCCGUUGUUUCGUCAGCCAAAACCGUGACAAUUUGUAUUGUUGUGUUCGUAAACUGUGACAAUAUCCUUUAUGAUUUAUGUUAUAAGUCGGGUGAUCAAGAUUCUUUCUUAUUUCUGACUUUGUUGCCGAAAAUGUUGCUUCACGCAGUAUUAAGUAAGAAAAACUUAAGUAUCUGGAAUUACGUUAUCAAGGUUGUUGGCUGAAUGAAAUCCUUAAGUGCUGCAAAUCUCUUAAGAGCUGUUAAUCAGUUCUUGUACAGUGCUUUUUACUAUGCUUUGCUGGAUGAAAUCCUAAAGUGUGAGCAUUCAAAUGAAAGCUACUGAGCAGUACUUUCCUGUGGUACUGUUUAUUAUGCUGUACGAGGUGGAUCUCACGUUUGAGUCUGUAGGUCUCGUUAAGAGAUGAUGUGGGCUUUUUUGAUGUGCAAACAUUUUCGACUUCGAAACAACAUCAUUUCAUUGUUGCAGGGACGAUUACGCUUAGAAAAAGUAAAAAUAAAUUGUUGAUUGCAUUUUUUGCAGGACAACUAAACGAUACUCAACAAGAGCUCAAAGAAAACAACGAACUUGUUGUGGAGCUUCAAGGUAAUGUCAUAGAUGAUGGUUGUUAUUGCAUGUAUUCAGCAAGUUGCCAUGUGGAUUAAAUAUCGUCCGGGCAAUUAACACUAAAGAGGUGAAAAAUGUUGAUUUUGUUAUCAACAAGUAAACUUGGUGAUUUUAAGACUGUAAAAUAUAAAUUGCUGACGUUGUGUUGUGAUUUAGUUUAUGUCGUUAUUGUGUCGUAAAGCUCCCAGAAAGAGAAUUGAGUAAUUUUUAUCCACCCCUCUCCCUCCCUGGUCUUUGUCAUCCCCUUACCUUCCCCUCCCUCAGUGUGGAAGGUUGAUUGAGGGUUGUCGUUUUACUUUCCUGUGACCUUGGGUAAAAACGAGAACUGAGCAGAAAUUGAUUCAGUGACUGUCAAUUCUAACAUUUAUUAGUUACUUUUCUUAUCAGAGUAGUUACUUUGUAAUUAUCAAAUUUAGCACUCAAAUCUAAUGGACAUGAUUUAUUUUUGUUUUGUAACUGCACUCCAGACAUGAACAUUUUUAACGGAACUUCACACUGUUAUUUUUAUUUAUGUAAUUUCAGAGGAGCUGAAAAAUGCGCAGAACUAUACUAAAGACUUCAAACAGCAAAUUUUAGACUUAAGAGGUACAUUAUAUCCAUCAUCACCAUCUCACCUUUGUGUUGAAUACCGUAAAAACUCGUGACUAAGAACCUGUUAGGCUAAAAUUUGUCAGUUAGGCCCCCUCUAUACAAGAACCCGUUUAGCGUAAAAUUUGAAACAGGUCCUUAUUUUGUAAACUGCAUAAAAAAAAAUUCUGUACACUUGGGCAAAUAAGAUAAGUCAACAUUCAGAAUCUUCUUUGGAGACGUAAGGUGUCUUAUCACUCCAACUGCAAGUUAGUGGUAUGCAGAUUGUAUAUAAGGAAUAAGCUGAAUAUGCUACUAAAUAGUCUUAGCUUCAAUGUAUUUUUUUUUCUUCAGAAAAUAAGAACCUACAUAGCCUAAAUUUGUGCUUAUUACCAUUUAUAUAAGAACCUGUUUAGGCUAACUUGGAAAAAUGCAGGUUUUUUAGUCACGGGCUGUCACUGUAUUGCACACGUUUUGCACAACGUAAAUAGCAAAUGCACAUCAUCCUUUAAUUUUAGCUGCAUUUUUUUUUAUUGCUUUGUUAAGGAUAAAAUUCAAAUACAGUACACCUUACCACUCUAGAGCGUCGGUCUAAUGACCUUCACUCCCAGAAGUGCAAAAAAAGCAAAACUGAAGAACAGUUCCGCUUAGCCGCGUUAAUUCUUUGUAGACUCUCCCCGCAAGUUUGAAUUUCGGCUUGUAGUGGAGUCUAACAGUUGUGAGUGUGUUAAACUCGGGGAUUGCAAUUCAUGUCCCUUCUUCUCCCAUGAUAAAAAGCGUAUGGCUCUUGCGAAGUUUGCUGGACUAAUUACCCUCGUCGGCGUUCUUGUUUUUCCCACCUCCUUUUAUCGACUUAUAUUCUCCUUUUUCAUUUCCUUUCGUUUCGUUUUGUUUCGUUUUUUAGUUUUAUUGCACUUUUUUUAGUUAUGGCAUGAAAACAUGUUUCUGGACUUUGCUUGAUUCUACAGAUAGGUUACUUGAAGAACAAGAAUUAACGAGAAAAAAAGAGGAAUUCAUCGCUCAGUUGAAAAGUAAGUUCCGUCUGGUCUUCGAAAUUUUAAAAAAGGAUUUAAGCUGUCGUUGACCUUUGUAGUGAUUCAACCAUAAUUGUAUCGGAGUCGUUAUGUAACCUUUCUGAACCCUGGUUUUGUAGGAAAGAGCUCCACUAGAGAAAAGCGUAAUUUCAUGCGUUUAUUUCGGGCAGGCUAAACACGCGAGGGCGUAGAAAAUCACCCCUCACGACGAAGUGUUACUCUUCUGACCGCGCGUCGCGUCUUCUCGGAGGAGUCGAUUUUCCACGAGCUAAGAGAGUUCUGGAAGUCUUCUCAACCAAUCAAGAGCAAAGCCAAAACUCUGUAACUUUUUUGAUGCAUUGUCCCGCGCUGUAGACACCAGCUACGCGUAUUGUAGCCUGCGUAGCAUGGCGGUUUUGUCGGACGAACUACUGAGUGGCGUAGCCGCAAAGGCGCGCGCGAACGAGCGGCGAAGCCCUCAUCUGCCUUUAUUACUUUGCGCGCCCAACCGAAAAACCGCCGUGCUACGCAGGCUACGCGUAUUGACUAUGAAUUCUGAUUGGUCCGUCAGGUUGUUUAUAGCUUUCGUGAUUGGCCAGUGUUGUAAACAACCUCGUUUCCAGGGUAUCUCUUCUUCCUGUCCCUUGGAGCGAAGUUGCGUCAUUUACUUUGUAUUUCUUUUACUGGCACUCGGUAGAGAACCACUCUAACUUGGUGAUUAUUUUUGCAGGAGAAUUCAAUGAAUUGGUUCGAGAAAAAGACCUGCUCUCUCUGGAGAGAAAGUGCGAACAUCACGCCACCGAAACGGCUAUAAAUAACGCCCGGGAAAUGCAGAAACAAGCCGCUAAAAGUGCGAAGGAUGCCGGAAAAAAUAAAGGUAUAUUUUUCAUUGAAAGUUGUAAGCUGGACUCGAAGCAAGAGAGAAGGGAAGAUCGUUGGGACGGGAGGGGAAGUUUGAUGAAGAACAUGACGAAUGGAGAUGUUUCAAUAUUGCCGGCCCUUCGUGUAUCCUGUUAGACAUCGCAGGAAAAUAACCGGGUUUUGUCAUAAACGCCUUAUUUUAAUACGAAUAAGUCGACCAAAAAGUGAGCAAAUUUAUCUCCAGUACCAGUUAACUACCUCAAAUUAUUGCCUCCACAGUAGUGCAUUGUGUCAUGGUAUUGUUGUUUUUUCUAUUACAGUGGAGCUCAACGCAGUUACAGAAGACAAUAAGGUCUUAAAACAGAGGAUACAGAUCUUAGAAAGCGAGCUGAAAAAGUGAGUCCGAGAAACCUUGCAUUUUUCUUAACAUCACCCUUAAGUGCGCCAAGUUACAUCCAUAGUUUCAAUUGUGUUAUGUUGCUAAAAUGAGACUUGUUGCUUUUGGGCUUUAUUUCUGAGAAUCCGUUUUGAUACAGCUUAGCUUUUUCGUACCCAUCCCGCUUAACGCUUUUCUGUUGAAAAAAAAUUACCUAGGACUUGACAUACGAAGACCUUGUUUCUCCCUGUCCGUUAUUUGUUCUCUUCUGCUUUUGUUGUUGGUGAUGAUGCCGUCGUUGAUGUAAAGAAUAGCUUUAUUUAUGGUUAUUUCACUAAUUUUUUUCGUUCUGUUUUUCCCCGUUCAGAUAUCGCAGGGAAAACAACCGUUUAACCUCUGAUCAAACUCGGCUUCAGGCCACCUACCGGGAAAUGGAAAACCAGAGCAAAAUUUUAAGUGAAAAGAUCGCCCGACAACAGGUUUGUAGAUGCUGCAAAACUCGCUCAUCAUUCGCCAUCGUAGUUUUGUGCAGUGUACUAGCUUGUGUUGUUUUUGUGUCGCAGACAACGUUGCAAGGCAAAAUCGAAAGAGAAAUAACUGAGAAAAAACUCACAGAAGAUCAGGUAAACAACCAACAAAGCUACAACUGGAUUUUUCCUAACACGCUAACAGUGUUAAAAUGUUUUAACUGGUUUUCUAACGAAUGUGUCUGUCGCUUUCAGCCGCAAAGUGUUUUUCCCGCCCUGUACAUUUUACGUACGUCUUCCAACCCCACAUUCUUCUCGCCCAUUUAAAGUGAAUCCUGCCAAAAUUCACCGGUUAUCGAAUCCAGAUUUCUCGGCCAUAGGCUGCUAACAACCUUUUGCUCGUAAGAAAUAAAACUUUUUCCCUUUCUUGUAAUUCAGGCUAGUGCACUCGAAGAAAGACUCCAAGAAACGGAAACUAAACUAAAGAAGUCUCGAGAGGAAGCACAAGAUAAAAUUCAACAACUCAAUGAUGCUAAUUCUCAGCUGGUGAGUCUCUAAUCUCGUACCCAUAUCUCUUGUUGACGGUCUGAUCUGGUCAAGUAAGAAAAUUCCAAUUUUUUUUUGAUUGGCUACUUAAACUGCCCAUAUUUUUGAGGGAUUGACGUGGGCGAGCUAUGGCGUGUGCAAUUCAUAUUUUGCAAAGUCUCCAGUUUUGUUCAAACAUGGGUUUUCGCUGAAUAAGUAAACUGAAGUAGUUUUCCGUCUCAAUAUAAAAUCUUUUUAUCUUUUCUUUUUAAAUUUUGUCCUUGUGUUAUUAAAAAUAAAAACUUUUGAAAAGGACAUGGCGUAGAAACUGACGCGCACUGUGUUGAGCUUUAAGCGUGCGCUAUGUUAAUUAUAUUUAAACUAACAACCGUGUUGAGUCUUACAAACAAGGACGACAACAACAAUUGGUUGGUUCAUACUUAAGCUGUGCGUAUAACCACCUUAACACGAAACUGCGUAGAAAGUUUAAUCGUGGUUGUCUUGUGGCACACAGGGAUCCCACACUGCAUUUCUGACAGCUUCUUUUGUAUAUUUUCAGUGGAUGUACAUUCUAGCUGGAAUAUUUGGACUAAUAGCCUUCAUAGCCGCAUUUGUGUUUGAUCUUAUUCAACUUCAUCCCGGUGGACGUACAAGUGGUUUGUGGAGUUAACGAACGUUUUUGCGAUGUAGUUAGCAUCACCUUGCACUCGAGAAGCUGACCAGAUGUUUAAUGCCUUACUUAAAGAAGUUGUCCCGAAAAAUCUUAAAAUACCUGUGAAUAUAGCCUUCUCUCCUCUGUCAGGGUGCAAGGAGAGCCUCAUGGGCGGUUCCGGGGGGGGCCGCCUCCACUUUAGACUCGAGAUGGUAACUGGGCCAAGUUAACUUUAGCAAAGACUUCUACUGGGGACAGGGAAGAAGAAAUUGACCAAUAGCUCUUUAGCGCUUUCGCACUCACGAUCCCAGAAUUUUUUUGAAGAAGGCAAUUUCUACUAAAAUUCCCGUAUUUGCACAUUACCAAAGCACGUGUGUAUAAUAUUAUAUAAAUAUUAUACGUGUGUAAAAUAUUAUAGAAUUGUUUACAUGUAACUGAAAAAUUGCCAGACACAUUUUAUAAUACGAAUUAGUUGCGUCAUUGUUGUACUGUUGUUUUCUUUAGAUUGUGUCUUCGUUUUAAGACUUCAUACGCUCUUCCUCCAAAAUCUUUCAUUUUUGCAAAGAAAUUUUUGUCGUUUGCUGACUCUGCGUCACUUUCGUACAGCAUUUGUAACAUUCAAUAUACGCGGUAUGGAGAAGCAGCUGGAACAAAUUCUGCGAGAAUUCACGCGUGGGAAUUACUGCACGCGGGAGGUUCCGCGCGGCUUUGUUCUCAUUCUCGUGUGUGUUACUGCUUUAGAAAAUUGUUGUCUUAGACUCGUUCUGUAUGGUUAGUAUUUUAUCCUAUAAGGGGCGAUUCAAGCAAAGCCUAAUAUUAAUUAAUUUUAUAACGGUUUUGCAUGUUACUGUGAAUGAAGCUUUUAUUGCUAAAUUGAACGUCAGAAGAAAAAAUAUAAAAUAUAAAUCACUUAUCGUUUUCU